AUGGAGAAACACAAAUGCAAACUGUGCUCCAGAAAGUUUGCUAAUGGAAGAGCUCUUGGGGGACAUAUGAGAUCCCACGUGAUGUAUUUUUGUGCAGAAAAAAAGGAAGAAAACAAUGGAAAAGUAAACCGUUUUGAGAAUUGUCACCAACAGAUUGAUCAAGGGGAUGAUUUUCAAUCAUCUUCUGCACCAUCAUCAUCUUCAUCUUCAGACGGUGAGGAUGAAGAGAGAGAAGAAAAAAGGAUUCUGUGUUAUGGGUUGAUGAGAGAGAAGAAAAAGGGAUUUUGUGUUAUUCAAGGUAGAGAAAGUGAAACAGAUUCAUCAAAGAAUAAGUUGAAAAGGGUUAGAAAAUUAACAACUUCUGGGAUUAAAAGCAAGAAAAGUGAUUAUUUUGAGCACUUAUCAGAAAUGGUGGAGCCUGAACCAUUGAGUUCGAUUUCAGAUACCACUCCAGAAGAAAAUGUUGCUUAUUGCUUGAUGAUGCUAUCCAGGGACAAGUGGAAGAGAAAAGAAAGUGACAACGAAGAAGAAGAGAAUUCUGGUGUUGUAUAUCGAAAUCUGAUUGGACUCCAUGAUAAACGGAACAAGCCGAAUAAAGUGUUAAAGACCAAGGCUAGAGGAAAAUAUAGAUGUGAAACUUGUAACAAAGUGUUUAGGUCAUAUCAGGCUCUUGGGGGACAUAGAGCAAGUCACAAGAAGAUUAAAGUUGAGCGGCCUCCACCGGAGGUGGCGUUGAAAACUAGAAACAAGGCUAAUGCAGGUGGUGGUUCAACGGUGGCAGAAGCAGUGGAGGUGGAGGAGAAAAAAGUUCAUCAUGAGUGUCCAGUUUGUUAUAGAAUCUUUUCAUCAGGUCAAGCACUUGGUGGGCACAAGAGAUCACAUUUUACUAGAGCAGCAGCAAUUUCAUCAAGUACUACUUCAAUUAAACCAUUUUCAAGAUUUGGUGAAACUUUCAACAUAGAUCUUAAUCUUCCUGCUCAGAUUGAUGAAGAUGAGGAGAUUUCAGCUGUUUCCGAUUCAGAAUUUGUCAACCCCAUUAAGCAAUAA